CGAGUAAACAUUGAGCUAGAACUUAGAAAAGCAUCAUGGGUGAAGUACGUAAUAAUCAUAGCGACAACGAUACACAUGCGGCUCCUGUCUGGCUGGAUGAGGCCUAUUUGGAGCCAAUUUUGCAACGUAGUAAGAAGGAUCCAGGCCUCCGUAUCUUACAAUUGGAUAUUAAGCCGGCCACAGCAAAGGGUGAAAAUUAUGCCAGUAUUAUGACCCGAGUGAAAGUGAACUAUCUGGCAAGUGGUUCCAAAGUGCCGGGUCAUGAUUUUUAUAUUGUGAAAACAACGUAUGAGAAUGAUCCUUAUAUUGCUGGAGUUUUCGGUGGCUACGAUGUAGCAACCACUGAGAUGCAAAUGUAUGAAAAGAUUCUGCCACAAUUAACUGAUCUGCUCCAACAGACAUCGAAUCCUGAGAAGGUCUUUGCUCAAACUCUGCACGUUGACUACGAGCAUGCGGCAAUUAUAUUCGAGGAUCUAACCGUAACAAAGCACCAGACUGCAGAUCGUUUAAUUGGAUUCGAUAUGGAACAUGCUCAAUUGGCCCUGCGUAAGCUGGCCAAAAUGCAUGCAGCGGCUGCCGUACUCAAUGAACAACAGCCCGGGGUACUUACCAAAUACGAUCAUGGCAUCUUUAAUCGUCAUACUCAAGGUUUUGCCCCCUUCUUUACAAGUAUGGUGGGUGUGGCAGCUGAAUUCGCUGCGGAAACCUCUGAACUGGGACCAUAUUAUGAACAGAAAUUGAAAGCAAUGCAGAAACGCGUAAUGGAAUAUUCCACUCGUGCAUACGAUCCUCAGCCGGAUCAGUUUAAUACUUUAAUUCACGGUGACUAUUGGGUAAACAAUGUGAUGGUGCGCUAUAAUGAAAACUCCAAGGAACUUCAGGACUUGGUAAUGAUUGACUUUCAAUUUUGCUCUUGGUCAUCGCCUGCCGUCGAUUUACAUUAUUUCUUUAAUACAUCCCUCGAGACCGAAGUUCGCUUUCAGCAUCAAGAUGCUCUAGUGCAAUAUUAUCAUAGUAUUUUAGUGCAGACAUUGAAAGAUUUGAAUUUCUCUGGUUAUAUACCAACUUUAAGGCAAUUCGUACUGCAAAUGGAGAAGGCACGCUUCUUUGCUGUGACUGUUUCUCUGGUCAGUCACGCCAUUAUGAUCAAUGAUCAGAAUGCAGAUGCCGAUUUCAAUGGUCUUAUGUUGGAUGAUGAAAGAGGUCGUAAAUUCCGUAAACUAAUCUAUACUAAUAAGAAGUUAAGAGACAUUCUUCAACGAUUACUUCCUGUCUUUGAUCGUUGUGGCUUGCUUGAUGUUGUGGACUGAUAAGCGUCACAUCAAUAUAUGGGCAUUCUUGUUAAUUAAAUAUGUAUAUAUAUAAAUGAAGAAAAACAAAUAAAUAAAAAUGUAUAUAGUAAACAUA